AGUGCCGAUAGUGGUGCUGUGAGGAGACUCCACCGUGGACUGAACUAAUACCACAGCAGCUUUUAACGGCUAAAGUGUGCUGUGGGUAAACAUCGUUUAAAUGUAGUCAUUUUAUCUCAAAUUAUUCACGGAUAGGAAACGGAUCAAUUACCAAAACAUACCGAAUAUCGACCCCAAUCUGGUAGCUGUAGCCGACUGUGUUAGGUAAUUCUACAGGCAAAUCGAAGCGAAUACCCUACUCAGCCUAUACCAACGAAAGCUGAUGUUCUCAAGGACAAGAGUCACGUGAUGUAUGAGGGCAAACACAUACACUUCUCGGAGGUGGACAAUAAGCCAUUGUGCUCGUACAGCCCCAAGCUCUGCAAGCAGCGCAGACUCAACGGCUAUGCCUUCUGCAUCCGGCAUGUUCUAGAAGACAAGACCGCUCCCUUCAAGCAAUGUGAAUAUGUGGCUAAGUACAACAGCCAGCGAUGCACCAACCCCAUCCCCAAAUCUGAGGACCGCAGAUACUGUAACAGCCACCUGCAGGUGCUGGGCUUCAUCCCCAAGAAGGAGCGCAAGAAAAACGAUGCACUGGAGGAGAUGCGUGGGCGGUCGCACCUGGACUCGGUGGCCCUCAAUAUCACCGUGCCCUCGCUAGCGCUGAAGGCCUCCAACGGGCUGGACGAGUUGCCGCCCUCGCUGCCGCCCUCGCUGCCGUGUUCGCGCCUGCUGCCCCUGCCCGACGGGGAGCACCUGGACCCGUUCGCCUUCUACGAGGAGGACACGGGGCCGGAGGAAGGGACGCCACGCAAGGGCUCCUCAGUCAGGAAGAAGCCGCAAAGCCGGCUGGUGCUCAGCCAGAGACUGCCUCCGCCACCGCCACCACCACCGCUGCCACGCGACACCGACCUCCUCAAGCCUCGCUCUGAGCACUUUAGCCCUUCGGCUGCGCGCCCCGGCCCUCACCCUUCCUCUCCUCUGUGCGCCCAGCUUCCCCUCCAGCACAGCGGACUCCUCCGGCUGCCCAAGCACUCUGGCAGCCUGCCCCCUUACUCCCGCCAGGGCUCGCAGCAGGGUUUAUUAUGCAAGCCAGCACCACCUCACACUGGCCCCCCACUGCCUCCUGGGCUGGCCCCUGGCGGCGCCGCGCCCGGACCGGGACAGUCGUCUGGCUCCUCCCUCAGCAGGAAAGGCCUGCUCACUGCCACGCCUUUGCUGUCCGGCACGCUGGACUCUGUGCAGCGCCACCUGGUGGCCAUGCGGCCCGCUUCCUUCUCACCACCCCCGGCCUGCCUGCAGCGGCUCAAACACUUGGUGCAGCUGUGCUCCAACAGGCAAGAAGAACACGGGGAUCUCUUCCCUCAUCUAGGGUUGGACUGGUCUGAAGACAGUGGGGAGGAGGACUAUGAAGACUUUGAAACACUUUCACCUUCCCAAUUCUCUGGAAGAUCACAGGAAGGAUCCAUGCAAGACCACUCUCUGGAGGACACAAGUAGCUCCAGGAGGGUCCGGCUGGCCCGCCUUUGCGCCCUCCUGCAGGACAAGUACAAACACCUGUGCAGGCAGGAGAGGGCAGCCACACGCCAGAAGAGACACCGAUAUGCCUUCCGCAAAGCCCUGCUGCACGCCGCCGCCAAGGACCCCGACUGCACGGCGGAGCUCAUCCAGGCCCUCUGCAAGAUCUCGCGAUCCUCAAGUGCAAAGCAGGUGCGACUGGGCGUCCCAGAGACUACUGGGCUCUGCACGGGAAGCACCAAGAGCCAGGCUUGCAGAAACAGAGCCCUGCCCUUCACCCAACACUGCUUCCAACACAUCCUGCUGAACCGCUCCCAGCAGCUCUUCUCCAGCUGCACGGCCAAGUUUGCUGAUGGACAGCAGUGCUCCAUCCCCGUCUUUGACAUCACGCAUCAGACCCCGCUGUGCGAGGAACAUGCCAAAAAAAUGGAUAACUUCCUGCGUGGGGAUGGCAACAGGAGACUGCAGCAGCAGCAGCAGCAGCAGCAUCUGCACCAUCAGCAGCAGCAGCAGCAGCAGCACCUCCUCCAUCAGCACCAGCACCAGCGCAAGCCGCGCAAGAAGACCAAACCGGCGGCGCUCACCAAGAAACACAAGAAGAAGCGGAGGAGAGGGCCUCACCGGCCGCAGAAGCCCAUCCCACCCGCGCUGCCCCAGGGCAACCUGGCCAUGCCUUCCACUCUGGCUCUGUCCACCAACGCUGCCAGUGUCAGGAGUCUUUCAACACCAGAGCUGAGCACGGAUGAGCUUCCUGAUGACAUCACCAAUGACAUAGCGGACAUUCCAAACGACCUUGAACUAAACCAGGAGGAUUUCUCGGACGUGUUGCCAAGGCUUCCUGAUGACCUGCAGGACUUUGACCUGUUUGAAGGUAAGAAUGGGGAGUUGCUGCCCACCACCGAGGAGGCGGAGGAGCUGGUGCGAGCGCUACAGGCCAUGGGCUCCUACCCGGACUCGCUGGUGUGCCUCUCCUCCAUGGGCGAGCUGGCGUCGGGCGUCCCCUCGGGCAGCAUGGGCGACCUGCUCAACGGGCGACUGCCCGCCGAGAACUUCACCAGCCUCGAGCUGGAGGAGAACCUGCUGCACUCGGCCGACGCUCAUUUCCCGCCCUCGCCCUCGCCGCCACCGACGCCCGCGUCGCGCCAGGCUCCCGCCCCCACCACGUCCGCCACCCCGACCACUCCCAGCCUGACCGCCGCCCCCCAGACGCCCAGCGAGCCCCAGAGGACGUUCCCGCGGCCCGCUCCCCUGCCCCACGCGCUGGCCAAGCCUGACCCGGCCUGCUCCCCACCUUCCGCCGGGCCCUUCAGCAGCAGCGAGCACGUGCCCUCCCCCUACAGCGAGCACAUGGCCUCUCCGCACGCCGGCCACUUCCAGGCCGAGUCGCCGCUGCUCCUGGAGGUGCCACUCAGCGUGCCCGGCCCGCCGCGACCGCCCUGGAACCACCUGCCUCUCUCGCUCGCCGACCCCUCGCCGUACGGCAGCCUGAUGGGGCCGGAGGGACACCUGCUGUCCACCUCUCUGUCCACGCCGCCCUCUACCACACACCAGGCGGCCCUGCAGCCCACCGCGGCCCUGUCGGCGCUCCCCCAGGGCGGUCUGACGGGGCUGGGUUCGCCCCCCGCGCCUGCCUCCACCUCCACCGCCGUCUCCUCGUCCCCACCCUCGUCCUCCCCGACGCGGGACCUCCUGGGCUCGCCGCAGGCCAAGCAGCAGCUCCCGCAGUUCAGCGCCGCCUUCGGCCACCAGCUGGCCUCCCACAGCGGCAUCCCCAAGGAUGUGCAGCCCAGCCACAGCUCCACAGCACCCCCUACAGGCUUCACCAUCACCAGUGCCACGGCUGCAAGUGCCAACAGUGCGACUCCCCCCUUCCCGCACAGUAACUGAGAAGUGGUGGGAGAGCGAGAGUGACCGAAAGAGCGAAUGUGGAUUGGUGUGAAUGCGCGCGUGUGUGUGUGUGUGUGUGUGUGUGUGUGUGUGUGUGUGUGUGUAGUAUGUUUGUCUGGUCACUGCACAUCAGCUAAGCAGUGGACUCCGUUCACUCAGCAACUCAACUCAUCUCAGACUCAAGUCAGAGAAAUCAAGCAACAUUGUUUCUGCUAUUUUAUUUGAUACAUGCCGCAAGAGUGGAUCAACGGUGGCCUGUUUGUUAAAUGUUUUAAUUCAAACUUUGCCAUGACUAAAAGACUGCCUCAGAGUCCACUCGUUGGGGUGCAUGUGCAGCCUUGGGUCCUUCUCCUCCAGCUCCUCCAGGGGAGUCGGGUCGGGCGGGUGUCCGUGACCACAGGCAGGACGCACCCCUCAAAGGACCCACAAUUCCAGAGGUAGUGACAGAGAGACAGUGCUACAGAAUUCAAUGACGAAACAACACCUCAAUCAGCAGUCUAGUCUUAGUUGUUCCAGUGGAGACCUGUCUCAGAGCUGUAAUCAUAUCCUUCCUCAUUUACAAGAUCAGCGUAUUCCUUUAAUCUGCCCUUUAUACAAGUGCGCACACACACACACUUAUUCACUCACUCUCAAACACAAUCUCGUGGCUCUACUGACCCCUACAGAAACAUGCCAGUAUGAAUGUCAGGGCCUGCUUCAAUUGAAACAGAUAUAAUCCCAUCAUGAAGGACGUUUCCUGACCAGCUUGACAGACAGCAGAAAAUUGCCAAAAUUAUUUUAAAUGGUUGUUUUUUUAAGCUACUGUGUGUAUGUGUGUGUGUGUGUGUGUGUGUGUGUGUGUGUAUA